AUGUCGUGGUUAUUUGGCGUGAAGCCCACCCCACCGCCGGAAAUUCCGGCUGAUUACAAUCCUCAAGGUGGAGCACCAGGACAAGAUCAUCCUGGCCAAGGUCAACAACAGCAGCAGUCCUCUCGAAUGGCUUAUUCGUUCGAUUCGACAGCUCUAGAAAGGGCAGCCAAGGCGGCUAAAGAACUGGAAAGAUUUCCAAAUGCCAAAGAGGCAUUGGAAUUGAGCCGGAUGCAGGAAUUGACCAGGCAGAAGGAAGUAGAACAGCAGACAAAGCAACUAGAAGCACAAAUACAAGCAAUGAAGUCUGACCAGACCCGUAUAGCAGAGGAGGAGCGUAGGAAAACAUUGAAUGAGGAAACAAAGCAUGCAAGAGCUCGAGCAGACUAUCAAGAUCAAUUGGCUCGGAAGCGGGCUGAUGACGAAUUGGCAAUGAAAGCAAGAAUGCAGGAAGAGAGUCUUCGUAAGCAGGAAGAAAGUGUGAAGAAACAAGAAGCACUAAGGAAGGCAACGAUCGAACACGAGCUUGCGCUUAAACAUAAAUAUGAACUAGAGAAGAUCGACGCCGAGACCAGGGCACGAGCUAAGGCGGCUAGAGAGAAUCGUGAUGUCAAUUUGGAGCAGAUGAAACUACAUGAGGAGGAAAACAGAAAAACAGUUAUUGAAAAGAUCAAGACAAGUGGUGCUAUCUUAGGAGCAGGGCUUCAGGAUUUCCUCUCAGACAAGACUAAAAUGACCGCCGCUGUUGGUAGUUUAACCGCGUUAGCAAUUGGAUGGUAUGUAGCGAAACGUGGAACUGGAGUUGUUGCCCGAUACGCCGAGGCUCGUUUGGGCAAGCCAAGUCUCGUUCGUGAAACAUCCCGUGUAACCCCGAUUGAAACCUUGAAACAUCCUAUAAAAACGGCGAAGAUGAUCUUCAGACCGAAACAUGAUCCGCUGAAAGGAGUUGUUUUGGCGCCAAAUUUGGAGAGGCAACUAAGAGACAUCGCGAUUACCACUGCAAACACGAGAAGAAAUAAGGGUUUGUUCCGCAACGUACUGUUCUAUGGGCCUCCGGGAACGGGUAAAACACUGUUCGCCAAGAGUCUAGCUCAGCACAGUGGUUUGGACUAUGCUAUAUUAACUGGUGGUGAUAUUGCUCCAAUGGGUCGUGAAGGAGUGUCAGCCAUCCAUAAAGUUUUCGACUGGGCUCAAAGCAGCCGCAAGGGCCUUAUCGUGUUCAUCGAUGAAGCUGACGCCUUUCUACAGAAACGAUCAAAAGAAAUCAUGUCGGAAGAUACUCGAGCCGCUCUGAAUGCAUUCCUCUUCCGCACCGGAGAACAAUCCAGACGCUUCAUGCUCGUCGUGGCUUCAAAUCAACCCGAACAAUUCGACUGGGCCGUCAAUGACCGUUUGGAUCAGUUGGUGGAGUUCGAACUCCCUGGUAGACCAGAACGAGAACGCAUUCUCCUGCAGUACUUCGAAGAGCACAUCGCUAAACCAGCCACAAGUGGUGCUCGCGGACAGCGCUUAAAGCUUGCGAGUUUCGAUUGGGUGGAGAAAUGUGCUCGCGUUGCUGACAUGACGGAAGGAAUGAGUGGAAGAGAGCUCAGCAAACUUGUCAUAGGAUGGCAGGCAUCAGCGUAUGCUUCGGAGGAUGGUGUUCUCACCUCUGAGAUGAUCGAUCGGAACACUAAAGAUGCUGUGGCACAACAUCACCACAAAAUGGAAUGGCUUGAAAAGGAACAACUCGCCGCAAGAAACAAAGAGGUCAUGUUCGGUACUAAACUCAAAAGAGAAACAGCCGUUUAG